UAACAUGCUUAACUUGCAGAUUUAGGUGAAAUGUAAUUGUUGUCAUGGUCAAAAUGUGUAUUCAGAACUGUUGAACUAUUUAACUCUAUGUAAAAGGAAAACAUUCAAUCUAAACAAGAAAGACUGAAAAUGUCUGAAGGGCAAGGAGAGGUAACUCAUCAGAAUGUUUAUGAAAGUGUUGAAGAUGAAAAUUAUAUGAAGAUCCAAAGCCAGACGACAACACUCAGACAAGCUCCUAAUAUAGCCGGAAUCAGCUCUGCCCUUGGUCUAGCUGCCACAACAUUCACCUGGUAUAGAUUCUCUGCCAGUAGACUCCACAACCUCACUGUGGCAUUAUUUCUCACACCUAAUAUGAUCAUUUCUCAUAUUUUCACAAAAUUUGCUUAUAAACAUGAUGUGACUUUACCAAUCACUGCAGGAGAGCUAAGUGACGAUCAUGCAGUGGUACGAAGCACAGGAGAACAGUUGGUAUUUGGUGCAGCUCUGCCCAUCAUUACUGCCUCAUAUCCCUUCCUAGUCGUUACUUGGGAACAAGGGAAAAAAUCAGGUUUAUCACUUACAAAACAUGUUGGACAGCAAAUGAAGAAGUUUUUGAUUGAAUUCAGCUUCAGAAAAAGUAGACGUUAUUAUAGAGUUAUAGGAAUUAAUGUGAUUCUUCAGCUGGGUGCAGGAGCUCUUCUCGGAUACAAUCAAGUGGUUGAAAGAAAUUUAGUGAAAGAUAAAAUCUACAACGAUAAAGAAAUUCUACCAGAAUAUCAAGACUUAUUUUUAAAAGAAACAGACUUCUCUGGAAUUCAAGAUUCUUUUGAAGCUGUUCGUUUUACUGUUGAAGAAGCCGUAAAAAGAUUUUUUCCUCCAACUGAUUGAAUUUGAUUUUAAUUAUAAAUGUUUCAUAUUAAAACAAGUUAAAAACCUCAGAA